AUGGCUUCUCUCCCGUCCCCCCUCGGCCCCGCCCUUGAUCUAGGGGUCCACACUCCCGCUAAUCUGAACCGAAGAGCCCGUGCAGCCCUCUUGCAGAACAGCCCCGCGGUCGUGAACAGCCCCAUUGGUGUUUCACCCAGACCUGGGCGGACGGCCCAGACACCGUCCCGCCACUCAACGCCGCCCCCUCGAGUACGAAGAGCUGAGCGUGCCAAUCCCGCAUCGACCCCUGAACAGCAACCAAUCUCUAUUAUCGAAUCGGCCAAUGAUCUCGCGCGUAAACACGCGGAAGAGCCUUCUGGCGCCAAGCUUGAAGAAGCCAACAAGCAAUUCACCUCCGACCGCCGACGUUUCGCUCAGAAGUUUGUCGACAGCGUCCUGCGAAGAAGUUCUAGCGAUGUACCAGGUUCUAAACCUACCUACAGCAGUGUCGCCGCCGCCUCGCUCCCCGCUGACCGCGCCCGCACAGCCCACCAGCAUCAUCAUCAUCAAAAACAAAGCACCGACAAAGGGCCCACCUCAUCGCCAAGAGCAACAAAGCCCCCCCGCCCCCCCCGACAGGACCUCCGCGUCUUCGUCCGUCUAGAAGCCGGAGCUCCGGCUAGGGACCAUAGCGGCUAUGCCAUCCGGACCCUGAUCAGGGAAAAACUCGGCACCGUCUCGGAAGGUCACCAGUUUCGGUCAGGUCGGGAUUGGCAGUCCUUACUGGCCGACCAUGAAACACGCGAUUUUCUCGUAGAGAAGCAGGCCGAAAGACUGACCGACUUUCGCGGCAACGAGGUGGAUAGUGACAGCGUUGUCAGUGAUGAGAUAGAAAUCCAGACAGGGCUCAAGCCCGUUGAUAUACGUCCUGGAAGACAAUUCUCGGAUAACCCUUUGACCAAGGCUCUCCUUGUCUCCUUCCUGAAGCCCACCAAGAAGAGGUUCUGGUCCCUCUUCGGGAGCCGGGCGGCCAGACUCGUAGACAAAAGCGACGUACCCCAAGCAGUGCGAAACGUGCUGGGGCUACCACUUUACCCGCAAGUGCCAUAG